AUUUCUCUUUCUUCUUUAAACCUGCCUCCACUCUCUUCUCUUCUCCUCCACCACCUUUCACUUCGGAUUUUAUUUUUUCUAUUUCUUCAAAUUUCCUGUGAAUUUUCUCUCACUUUCUCGCUGCCAAACAAGCCAAUACGAGAGAAAAAAACAUGGUUAGGGAUGAUUUGCUCAUUACGGUACCGAGUUUCUUCAGGUGUCCGAUUUCACUUGACGUGAUGAAAUCACCUGUCAGUCUCUGUACGGGCGUGACCUAUGACCGAGCCAGCAUCCAACGCUGGUUAGACAGCGGCAACAACACGUGUCCGGCGACGAUGCAGGUCCUUCACAGCAAGGAGUUUGUUCCUAACCGUACGUUACAACGUCUCAUCCAGAUCUGGUCAGACUCCGUGCCGCAGGACCGAGUCGAUUCAACCGAGUCAGCGAACGUAGUCAUUUCUCAAGAUCAAGUUAAGGACAUCAUAAAAGUAACGGAUAUUAAAAAUGAAGAUUUACUGGAAAAAUUCUCCAAGAUAAUCACCUUCGCGCGAGAAUCUGACGAGAACAAGAAAUUCCUCGCGAAAUUGGACGGCUUCGUCGUCAUGCUGGUUGAGAUUUUGAGUAAUGUUAAAGAUAAGAACAUUUUGGAGCAAGUAGUUAGGAUUUUGGCGUUGAUUUUGAACAAAAUUGAAGGUCAAGAAAAUAUGAUGAACUUAUUCUUGAAGAAAUAUCAAGAUAGCUUGACUUCGCUCCUCCUCGUUUUGAAACAAGAACAAAACGUUGAUUCAAAAAUUGAAUCGCUCAAAAUCCUGGAAUUCAUCGCCGUAGACGCAGAGUCGAGGUUUUUAAUCGCCGAGAAAGACGGAUUAUUAUCGGAGCUCAAACGCAUGUUAACUUCAAACACCGCCGAUCAACCUCUAAUCGGCGCGUGUUUAUCGUUUUUAGUUGCAAUAUCAGUAUCCAAACGCGUGAAGUCAAAGUUAACAACAAACUACAAACUCAUCCCAGAGCUGAAGAAACUCAUUACCGACCGCAACGUUACCGUUUCGACAGCGGAAAAGGUAUUGAAAUUACUAGAAGCUUUAUGUUACAACAAGCAAGGUAGGGCAGAGAUUUGCAACGAUUCAAAUCUAGUGCAAGCGAUUGUUCAGAAAAUGUUGAAAGUAUCGGGUGUAGCAACGGAGCAUGCGGUGACGAUAGUGUGGGGCGUGUGCUACUUGUUUAGAGAUCCGCGGGCGCAGGAGGCGGUGACGGCGGGUAACGGAUUGACGAAGAUUCUGAUGGUGAUGCAGAGCAAUUGCUCGCCGGAAGUGCGGCAAAUGAGCUCCGACUUGUUGAAAAUAUUUCAGGUGAAAUAUAAGGCGACUUGUUUGUCUAGUUACGAUACUAAAACGACUCAUAUUAUGCCGUUCUGAGUGCACAGAAGAAUGUGUUUGGAUGGGGAGAAAAGUGGGUGUUUGGAGAUCGUACUUUAAAAGGGGAAAAUUAUAAAUAUUUGUAAAUGAAAGGAAAAUUUUGUUAGUGAAUACGAUCACAGAAUUGAGAAUUAAUUCAAUUUUAUUAAUCUUUCUCUUUCUGUA